CCGUGGCGUCAGCGGCAACGUCAGCUGGGUCCUUUCAGCCACGGGAAGCAACCCCGACCCUGUUCCGUGUUGUCCUUCUAAUGAACAAUACAGAAUCAAAACGAAAAUAGCCUUUUCGCGAUAUUUUAGUUUGGUGAAGCGACUGCACCUCAGUUUCACUUAUUUGGAGGAGGAGGGGGAUAUAUAUCUGUAAGUCUGGCCUCCACUACCUCGUCCCAUACAAAGAAGGCAAAUCGUUUCGUGUUUUCAGAUUCUUUGUAUUAUAAAAACGACAUCAAUACGGUGUUGUUAUAUACUAUAUGUGAAUACAGUAGGUUUUUGUUGGGUUCAAAGGUUGUAGGCCUAGGAAGUAGGAUUCAUAUCUUACAAACCAGUGGGGGAGGGUUUAAGAUUUAGUUUGACAAUUUGUUGUCAAUGGCUUGAGCUGAAUAGAAUAGGGCCUACAGAUUUUUCCUUUUGCUUAUUUUUGAGGGUUGUUAGGGUUAGGGUGCAAGCUGAUAUCUAUAACAAGAAUAAAACAAAUUAUUUUGUUUAAAUUGCAGUCUGUCAUUAUGAUUUAAGGACAGUUAAAGUAGCUGCUAUACUGUAUUUAGCAGAAUUCUGCUGGAAAAUAGCAAGAUAAGUGUGCAGAUUAAAGAUCUUUGAAGAAGCACACUUUUUUCUAAAGGAGAAAUACAUUUUGAAACAUUUUUUUUAAUGCAAGACAUUUCUGAGAUAGAAGUUUAUGGAGGAAGACUGUAACAAGAUUUUUAUUGCAAUUCUGACAUAUCUCUAAGGACUUUGAAAGAAAAAUCAAACUUUAAGUUGCAUUGGUUUGCAUUUUGGGACAGAAACCAAAGAUUAAACAAACACACUUGUAAUUAUCUGCAAUAUUUGUCACAAAAUAGCUGUUACUCAUUUCAAGUUGAGAGGUUUACUGGUAGGCUUGAUUGGAGUGCUGCUAGUUUGGGGCAUUGUGCCCAGUUCAAAAGUGCUAGAAAAUCUGUAUUGUUUGCUUCUGUUGUAUAUGUGUGUUAUUCUGUUUUGUACCUGUAAUGUUUUGUGUUUUGCAAGUUAACCUAAAGAGGUUGUGUAGGUGAUAAUACAGCAACCAUUUUUGGGGUAAAGGCUGUUAAAUCUGUGGUCAUCAGUAAACUGUUGUGUGUGAAAGACUCCAUACUUUGUAUUCAGCAUGACAAACAGGAAGCGGAACUACAACCAUUGUUGGCCAGAAGAUGACAGUAUUCAACAACAUGGACUUUACUCCCUUCAUAGUAUGUUUGACAUCAUUGGAACACAUCUCACACACAGAGAUGUCCGUGUGUUGUCUUUCCUAUUUGUGGAUAUCAUUGAUGAUUAUGAGCGGGGUAUGAUCAAGGAUGGUCGAGACUUUUUCUUGGCACUAGAACGGCAGGGACGAUGUGAUGAAGCUAAUUUUCGCCAGGUUCUCCAACUACUCAGGAUAAUAACACGACAUGAUCUUCUACCAUAUGUCACUCUGAAGCGUCGGAAGACUGUAAGUCCUGAUCUGGUGGAUAAAUAUUUAGAAGAGACGUCGGUCCGAUACGUCACCCCAAGAUCUCAUACAAUUAGCAGUGGGGUUGUCAGCACUCAAAACCCAGUGUUCUCCCAUCCUAUGAUAUGCUGCUCUGGUAGGAACACAGUCUGUGCUAAACGGCUUAGUCGAGGAGGUAGAGCUCACUCUAUGAGUGUCAAGAAACAAAGCAAGCUACUCACGCUGGACCAGAAGGAAAAGCAAACGUGUGAUAUCCGCCUUAGAGUACGAGCUGAGUACUGCCAGCAUGAAACUGCCCUGCAGGGUAAUGUUUUCUCCAAUAAACAGGAACCACUUGAACGCCAGUUUGAACGCUUCAACCAGGCCAAUACCAUCCUGAAGUCUCGUGACCUGGGCUCCAUCAUCUGUGACAUUAAAUUCUCUGAGCUCACCUACCUGGAUGCCUUCUGGCGAGACUACAUUAAUGGCUCACUGCUAGAAGCCCUAAAGGGUGUCUUCAUUACGGACUCACUCAAGCAAGCUGUUGGUCAUGAGGCAAUCAAGCUGCUAGUAAAUGUUGAUGAGGAUGACUAUGAAGCUGGGCGUCAGAAACUGCUCCGCAACCUCAUGAUGCAGCCCUCCCCUUGAUGAACUCCUUUCAUGGAGUAGUUCAGUUUCUCUUCGGAAUUCCAAUUACAUUUUUUUCUUUAACUAGAAAAAGACUUUUGUUUUGUGGAUAUUCCAGCAAGCCAGGACAGCAUUUCUGUCAGCUCUCCCUUUGGGAGAAUGGGGUUGUCUUGCAGUGUUGGGGGAGGAAAGUGUGAAACUGUGACGUAUGGGGGGACAGGUCUGAUAGCUACAGUCGCCAGUACUGAAGGCAGUUGGGAGGAGGGCUGCGCUUGACUCUAGGAAUGCAGUUGUGCGAGUGGCUUGAAGGCUCUGUGAGUACUUUGUGGUGAAUGAGGGCAUGAAGUUAGCAAGGCAUUACACAGAAAACACACACAUUCACUGCAGUGGUAAAGAUACAUCAGGAUUCUUUUUCUUUUCUCUUUUGAUGAAGGGAAAGAGAUUUCAUUAAGAAUGUGCAGUUAAGUAUUCAUGGAGGUUUGUCAUAGCAUAAGGAAUUGAAGACUCCUCUCCUGGAGUGUUGGCCUGCUUACAGUGAUAGGGAGGUUAUGAUGUCUCUUAAGUUAAGAAGAUUUUUGUCUAAGAUGGACCCUUCUGAAUUUUGUUCAUGUUGGAUGACCUUUGCUGACAUUGCUUAGUAGAACUGAAAUUUGCAAUUACAGCAGCACUUUGUUUCUAUACUUUUGUCCGGGGGAUAUUUUUCAUGGCCUUUUUACACUUUACCUGUGAUGUUGACUGUUAAAACCUCAAAGCGUUGAGUAGUGUUCUGAGCCUGAGGAGGGCAGUGUUGUUGACCUUUAAAGUUUUAUUCACUGUAUGUCCUGUUAUUGUUAUGGGUCCAGUGUUAGUUUGGGAGCUCAGUAUAUAUUAUUUUUGUUUGUUCUGCUCCGUGUUCAGACAGUUUGAACUACAGAGAGUUUUGAGUGCACUAAUCACUUUUCCAACACUGCCCAGAAUAAUCUUCAGCUUUUGUAUGGUUGUCUUAUACCAAUGCAGAGAUCUGUGAGGCCUUUUUCUUUUCUUCCUUUUUUUUUGUAAGACUCUUAUAUUUUUAAUGUUACAAAACGUAAAGAAAAAAAGUAAAAAUAG